AUGGCUACUCACGCACCACCAUCCGGCUCGAUGAUGACCACUCUUUUCCAGAGCCUGUCCAGCCUCACACCUCUCCAACCCCAGCCCCAGCAGAACAGGGUUCUAGAACCUCAGCAGCCACCCAGUGCCUUGCACAGGCUUUCGCCAGCAGACACAGAACGUGCCCGUGGCAUAUUUGUGACUCUGCACGUCCUCUUCCCGCAUGAGCUGCUGCCGGCGCUGGAUAUUCUGGACCGGGGACUCGUCAACAGGCUUACGGUCCGACGAGACGGGGACGUCCACGAACAACGUCCACCGAAACUAGGGGAGCCUGGCUCGUCUACUGGAUUGGAGGUGAAGACCGAUUUACGACAUGCGACAGAUGCAUACCAUGGGUGUGAGGUAUACUACGUCCAAUCCUCAUCCGCCGUUACGUCGAGGUCGAACACAUAUAGCCGUGUAGGCAGAUCCAGGGCGAUAGGCUCGUCGGGCUACUCGUCAAGGAAACUGGAUGCCAGCACCACGUUCUACGAGGUCCGUCUCGACAGCUGGAAUUGCAGUUGUCCCGCGUUUAGUGUCUCCGCUUUCCAGGGGCUGAAUAUAGACCGUGACGAGCACGAGAUGAAUGACAGUCGAAUGGACAGGGCACGAGAUAUAUCUAGGUCGCCGAAGGCCACGCCAGCAUCUGUGGAAAGCGCAGGAUGGAUGUUUGGAGGGAUGGCAACUAAUACGUGCAGCGGUUCCAUGCCCUCGUGCAAACACAUUCUCGCUGCGGUCCUGGCGAAGUCUGCUCCAGAACUCUUCAACUCCGGUAUGUGCGUAAGGCUGGUCAGUAGGGAGGAGCUCGCAGCAUGGGGUGGAGGAUGGGGAGAGUUGGGUGUGUGA